CCCCCCAUUUCACUGCUGUGCCCAUCCCGCCCGCCAUCGUACCCUCCUUCUCCCUCUUCCGAGAAAUCAUCACCGAUUUCACCCGAAAGCUGAUGCAGGUCGGUCUUCACUCUCGUUCCAUCUCGUCCCCCGGUGCCCGGCGCGACUUGCUCCCCCAGAUAAAAGCCCGUCUACCGUCUGCAAACCAGAUGGGGGGAGGGGGGCCGGCGAGUCCCCCGCCAUCAGACCAAGCACAUGGCGCCAAUCCCGCCUCGUCAGUGGCUGUAUUCUUCGCAUGGGGUUCUUUUUGUCUGUGCUUUGGAUGCCGUCUUCCUUCUGGAUGGGGGCACGAUUUCUGCUGUUUCGUCGUCCCUUCGGCGAGAUGCUCGAUUACGCCGGGCGGCAUGCACACCCCCGGCCAUGUCAGGCUUCGUUGCACCUUAGGUUGUCGUCAUGGAUUGGCUCGUCGGCCACACACCCGUCGUGCGCUUUUUCGGAUCACCGCGCCGGAAAUUGGUUAUGAGGGAGGGGGGGGAGAUAUCGUGACAGGUAAGCCCCGGCUUGCGGCCCUCCAUCGAGAUGGGGAGAGUGGCUACCAUCUCAGCAUGGUUGGUGACCGAAUCGGCCUGGGAGAAGUAUCGACGACCAAUACCGCUUGAUGCAGCAGGGCAUGUGUAUUCGCGCUCUCUGCAAAACUAAGCCAAACGUGAUAUGAAGCCCGGGCCUCGUGAGGCUCUUGAGCAGAAGUCCCCUCGGAAAGCUGAAUGUCUUUAGACGUUCAACGAGCUACCCAGCCUCUCCUCUGGGAAACUUGCGAAGACGCAUCAAGGAUCGGCGUAGCUUGUGUAUUGAUUCUGUUUGUUACUGGGGCGUUUCAGUGCCAUCAUCGUCCAGGUUGUGGACUCUCAUAGACAGUAGUUCUUAUACUUGUUGAGUCUAGCAGCCUUGCCACGACACCUGCAAAACAGCGUUUGACUACGCUUGACAAUUUA